GAGUUGCGUAGCUUCGUUCGAUGGUAUUGUUUUCGGUCCUGGAAUUGGAGGGGAAACCGCCAUUCUUCUUCCAACUCCUGGACCUUUUUCUUGCCGACACGCAGGGGUUUCUCUCUGAGAACAAAGCAAGAACCAACACCUUAGAACAGGGCUAAUCAAAACUAGUCCAAAAUGGAUACCAGAGCUUAGUAUGCAUGAAGGUCUAUAAGAAGCCUUCUCCAACCUCUUAGAAAUAUUUCUGGAGCAGGAGGGUGCAUGGUUUUUCUUCCACGAGAAAGCAUGGAACUUGAACAGAUACUGAAGAUGGGGUUGAUCUUGUUCUUCCUCUGGUCCUCCUCAUGCUUACUGGUGCCAUCCAUGGUUGAUGCCACGGGAGCUAUUCGGUUUGGAAAUGACACUGACUAUCUAUCUCUGCUUGCUUUCAAAGAUCAAAUAACUCGCGAUCCUUUGAAUGCUCUAAGAUCAUGGAACAACACCAUACAAUUCUGCAACUGGAAGGGUGUCACAUGCAGCAGGAAGCACAAGCAGAGGGUCGUCUCCUUGGACCUCAGCUCUUGGGGAUUGGAGGGCUAUCUCUCCCCCUCUAUUGGAAACCUCACCUUCCUCCACCGACUCAGCCUCGGAAACAAUGGUUUCUUCAGUGAGAUCCCAUUGGAGUUGGGCCGUUUGCGUCAGCUGAAAAAUCUCAACCUGAGUUUCAAUUCAUUCCAAGGAGAAAUCCCCUCCAACUUGACCUACUGCACCGAGCUUAAAAUUCUCGCCUUGAACGACAACCAGCUCACGGGCAAGAUUCCAGUGGAAAUCACCUCCCUCAUGAAGCUUGUUGAGCUAUAUCUCGGGAGAAACACAUUGACCGGUGUUAUUCCACCUUCCAUUGGUAACCUAUCAUCACUCGCAUGGCUCUCCCUCCUUUUCAAUCACCUGGGUGGAAGCAUUCCGGAUGACAUCGGCCGCCUCACGACCCUUGAACUUUUUCAAGCAAGUGCCAACGGUCUUACAGGUACAAUUCCUAGUAAGCUUUACAACAUCUCAUCACUGCAAGACUUCUAUGUGGCUCAAAAUAAGCUGCACGGAAGCAUUCCAUCUAAUAUAGGCAUCGCUUUUCCUAGUUUUGUAUCCCUCGCAUUGGGUGGUAACCAGUUUGAUGGACCCAUUCCAACUACAUUGGGAAAUGCCUCGGUACUUGAAUACAUUGACAUUUCAGAUAAUAAUUUUAGUGGAAGGGUGCCAUCUGAGCUGGGAAGGCUACCACGCCUUUACCAUCUUAAUGUUGAAGAGAAUCAUCUGGAAGCAGGGGAUGCCAAGGGAUGGGAAUUUCUCGACUCUCUCACAAACUGCAGCCGGUUAACGGUGUUGGCACUCGACUACAAUAUGCUGGAAGGCAUGUUGCCCAACUCGAUAGUCAACCUCUCUUCCCAGCUCCAAGUAUUGCUUCUGGAUGAAAACCAUAUAUCAGGGAGAAUCCCUCAUGGAAUUGAAAACCUAGCCAACCUCUACUUUCUCACUUUCUCCCAGAACCUUUUCACUGGUGCUAUUCCAGAAAGCAUCGGUAAGCUUGCGAGGUUAGAGAAGCUAGACUUGUCUUUUAAUAGGUUUAUAGGGCAGAUUCCAUUCUCUUUAGGCAAUCUCACGCUACUGACAGAACUCACUUUGGGCCAGAAUUACCUGCAAGGCCCCAUUUCUCCAAGUCUUGGAAAGCUGCAACACCUAUCAAUCUUGGACCUCUCUACCAAUCAUCUUACUGGAACCAUACCCAAAGAGAUUUUAAGUAUUCCUGCCUUGUCCCGUUAUCUAGAUUUAUCUGACAAUUCAUUGGUUGGAUCUCUCCCUGCAGAGGUCGGGAGACUAGAGAAUCUACAAGCUUUAGAUAUUUCUAGGAACAUGCUGUCUGGUAAUAUUCCCAGUACACUUGGUGACUGUGAGAUCUUGCAGUACUUAUAUCUGAGUAACAACUUGUUCCAAGGGACAAUUCCCCAAUCCUUGAGCAGCAUUGGAGGCCUUCAAGUACUAGAUCUCUCAUAUAACAAUUUAACAGGGCCUAUUCCAACAUUUCUAGAGGACUUGAAACAAUUGCAAAUGUUGAAUUUGUCCUUCAAUCAUCUCGAAGGUGAAAUGCCAGUAAAGGGGUUCUUUAAAAAUGCUACUCAGGUUUCCAUAAAAGGAAAUAGUCGACUCUGUGGGGGUGUUCCAGAAUUACGCUUGCCCGCAUGCCCAGGAAAGUCAUGCAAAAAGAGAAAGUGGCCUCUGCUACUGAAAAUAGUGAUUCCAAUAGCUGGUGCGGUCUUGUGUGUGAUCCUUCUAUUCUCCAUUUUUAUCCUUCCACGGAAAUGGAAGUCCAAAAAUAAUGCUCCAAUUGUAUCUUCAUUGGAAGACCAAUUCCCCAGAGUUUCUUACACUGAUCUGAUAAGAGCAACUGAUGGAUUCUCUUCCACUAAUCUCAUUGGCAGAGGAGGGUAUGGUUCUGUCUAUAAGGGCGUCUUGAGUCCUCACCAAACUACUGUUGCUGUGAAGGUUUUCGACCUUCAAAAUCAAGGAGCUUCGAAGAGCUUUCUAGCUGAAUGUGAGGUGCUAAGAAGUGCUCGACAUCGAAAUCUCGUCAAGGUUAUGACUUGCUGCUCAAUGGUUGAUUUCAGAGGCCAUGAUUUCAAAGCUCUGGUUUUUGAGUUCAUUCCUAAUGGAAGUCUAGAGAAAUGGUUACAUCCAGAGUUAGAUGGGCGGCAUCAUAUGGAAAGCCUAAGCCUGCUUCAAAGGUUAAACAUAGCGAUUGAUGUGGCUGAUGCAGUAGACUACCUUCAUAAUAAUUGUCAGCCAUCCAUUGUUCAUUGUGAUCUAAAGCCUAGUAAUAUAUUGAUUGAUAAUGAGAUGAUUGCUCAUGUGGGAGACUUUGGUCUGGCAAGGGUCAUGUCUAAAGCUACAGCAAUCUCCUUGGCAGACAAGAGUAGCUCAAUCCGGAUAAAAGGAACCCUUGGAUAUAUUGCUCCAGAAUAUGGCGCAAGUGGUCAGGUAUCUACUUCUGGUGAUGUUUAUAGCUAUGGAAUCUUUCUUUUCGAGAUGCUUACCGGAAAGAGUCCCGUUGAUGAUAUGUUUAAAGAUGGCCUAAGCCUUCGAAAGUUUGUAGAGAUAGCUUUUUCUGAAAGAGUUAUGGCAAUUGUGGAUCCGCUAAUGCCACUUGUAGAGGAUGAGAGUAAAACUCGUGAAUGCUUAAUAUCCAUGGCAAGAACAGGUCUUUCUUGCUCAAAUGGGUCAGUGAGAGAAAGAUUGAAUAUAAGUGAUGUUGCCACAACCAUGCAUGCAAUUAGAGAUGCCUAUCUUGGGACUCAAGUUCAUUAGAAGAUUUGGUGAAGCUUAAGUGGAAGGUAAAGUCUGUCUUAGUAUCUUACCUCUAAUAAUUGUCAAGUUGCAGUGUUUGAUGUUGUAAACCUAUUUCCCAGCGUUAAACUUCUUUGAGACUUAAGCUGUGAGUUUGUUAUUUAUUUUCUAGCAGUGGCUACAAAGAAUUAGUAAUCAA